CCAAAGUUAGUAGUUGCACUGUGGCCAGCCAGGUAGCUUACGUAGCCUUCACCGCUUGAUUGCUGCGGCUCUUUCCAUCACUGGCGCGUCUAAUUUUAAGACCUGGAAUAGGCUACUUGUUUAAUAGCACCUAUUUACCUAUAGCCUAUAAAUUAUUUGAUUUGUUUUCCGGUUUUCUUAUUAUGUCUUGGUGGAACGCAUAAGCUAAGUCGUCAUAGGUUAAGGCUAUUUAGGGAUAGUUUUAGAGCAAGUUGGCUAUUAUUUGCAUCAGCAGUUAGCUUUCAAGCUAAAUUAAGAAGUCUGUUUUGAUGCCUGAUUUUGAGCAUUUCAGAUUUUCAUACUCAAGCAUGAAUCCAUUAUUGGGGGAGAACGCGUUCCUGGUUCAACAACAGCAGCACAAUCAGAUGGGGAGCCAUUCUGAUUAUUCCAUGACAGGCCUAGACUCAUACGGUGCAGCUGACUCAGGCUUCAUCUUGGGCGAGCACAACGGGUUUGGACAAGAUGGCAUAUCUGGCCUGGACAUAAAUUCGCUGCCACCUUCAGGACUCGCUUAUUUGCACCAGAACAACAUGCACCGUGCACCGCCGCCCCCCGCAGCGAUGGCCCUGCGUAACGACUUGGGUUCCAACAUCAGUGUUCUCAAGACCUUGAAUUUGCGCUUCCGUUGCUUUUUGGCUAAAGUUCAUGAACUGGAGCGUCGGAAUAAAGCUUUGGAGAAGCAGCUUCAACAGGCUUUGGAAAACAAUGAGGACAAUUCAGAAGGACACGGGAAAAAGCCAUUGACUAAGGAAAUGGGAGUCCAGACUGGUUUCGUAGGGCCCAUCGCAGUUAGGCCCGGACAUAUCCCACUCCAGAACGUCAAUAACUCUGCAUACCUGCCUGGGGGUCUUCUCUCUCCAUCACUCAACAGGCCUACAACUCCCUCCUUUGAGUCCAACAGCAAAUCAGUAUUUAGGAACUCGACUCUGACUGACUCGAAUUCCAACCUCAAUUCCAACCAACUCACUCCACAUAUUUGCCUCAGUCCUUUAUUAACCCCUACUGAUACUUCCAACCCUAUAUCCAACAUUAACGAGAAAUAUGUCAGUUCUGGGACUGGUAUGUCUACUAACCCGCCUCCCCGGUUCCUUCCCGGCACCGUUUGGUCCUACAACCACGACCGCAGGUUUGGCACGGGGAGGGAGUCGCGCGUAACAGAUAUGGGUGUGCCUUGUGCCCAAACGGACGGCGUAGGUGUUCAAAUCGACACCAUCACCCCUGAGAUACGGGCCCUGUACAACGUGUUGGGCAAGGUGAAACGAGAGAGGGAUGAGUAUAAAUGCAGAUGGGAGGAAGAGUACACAGUCAGAGUGGACCUCCAGGAGAAAGUGGCUGAGCUGGAGGAGGACCUCCAGGAGAGUGAGGUGUGUCAGGAUGAGCUGGCCCUCAGGGUGAAACAGCUGAAAGCUGAGCUGGUCCUCUUCAAAGGCCUUAUGAGCAACAACCUGUCGGAUCUGGACAGUAAGAUCCAGGAGAAAGCCAUGAAGGUGGACAUGGACAUCUGUAGACGCAUCGACAUCACAGCUCGCCUGUGUGAUGUGGCCCAGCAGAGGAACUGUGAAGACAUGAUCCAGAUCUUCCAGCAGGUGGCCACACCUCCUUCCACUCUGACCCGCCGGCCCCGGAAACAGGCGGCCCAAUCGGUUAAAGGCGGCGACGGGGACGAACCAACCAGCAUCUCUGAGAGCGAGGCGGGCAAGGAUGAGGAGUCGUGUAGCACGUCAGCCAAUCAGAUCAACGAGGAAAUGCAGAGGAUGCUGAACCAGUUGAGGGAGUGUGAGUUUGAGGACGACUGUGACAGCCUGGCCUGGGAGGAGACUGAGGAGACUCUGCUGCUGUGGGAGGAUUUCCCAGGAUACACUCUGGGGGCAGUGGAGACACAGGGGGAGCAGCAACAGCAGGAGGAGUCCAUAGAGAAGGUAAUACAGGACACAGAGUCCCUCUUCCAGACCAGAGAGAAGGAGUAUCAGGAGACCAUCGACCAGAUCGAGUUGGAGCUGGCCACGGCUAAGAGUGACAUGAACCGACACCUGCACGAGUACAUGGAGAUGUGUUCCAUGAAGCGAGGCCUGGACGUGCAGAUGGAGACGUGCAGGAGACUCAUCACCCAGAGUGGAGACAGGUAUCAGACACCUCCGCAUGGUGCUGAACACUCUAAACGCUCAAAAAGAUACCCUAGGAAGUCUCCCCCUCUCGUUACUGCGGCCAUGGAGGACUCUGAUGACGGAGAGAAGGAGAGGAGUAAGGUGUCCCCACCCGCAGACUCUGAAAGUGAUGAACCCUACUGUGACACCAAGGUUAAUAGUGGUACGGUCCCUCACUUACCAUGGAGGAAGUCCUAAUCCUUACUGAUGAUGCCCUGUAGAUGUACCAUAGUCUGAAUAGUGCUGUUGUUUACAUUUGUUUUUGCCAUAAAUGAUGUAAAGCCAGCAGACUCUUUCCAGGGCCAUAAGUCACCACUGCCCUCUUGUGGUUCAGGUUAUUACAACACCUAAUCUGAUAGGACUAAAUGGCAUUUAGAAAAGGAAACCAAUUGGAUUUCUUAACAUUGGGAUAUUUCUAUGAUAUGAACGAUCAAAAUAUAUACCUUUGUUGUUUAAGUUUGCCCAUUGAUCUUGCUAUAUGUAUCAAGAUUCAACCGAAAACAAUUUGCACACGGUUUUUGUGGAAUAGAUGCCUUAUGUUACAUUGCAGUUACAGAUUUGAAACAUCAGCGGAAUUUUUGAAGGCAAAAAAAAAAAAAAUGCACCAUUGGCAAAACAUUGUCACAGGAUGAGUCAUUAUUUAGCAGUCUGUCACAUCUGAACAAAAUGAACAUUUACAGUUUUCUAAAAAGAAAAGGGCCUAGCUGUUGAUAGCCAUCGAUGAAAAUCUAUUUUCUUUAUAGUUAAUAUCCUUCUCAUUCCAUUUUCCCCAUUUUGAAAGUAUGGAUACAAUUUCUGAGAGGCAUAUAGAAAGAUUCAAGGAUGUAAAGCCUUUUUAAUCAAUCUCACAACAUUCACAUGUACACAUGUUAUUAUCCGAGAGGUUCACAACAUUCGUAUGUACACCCGUUAUUAACAGAGGUUCACAACAUUCGUAUGGACACAACAUGUUAUUAACAGAGAGGUUCACAACUUUGUUAUUUACUUUGCUUGGUUACAUAUUCAUGCACUUUAUUUAUUUCAGCCCUUUUUCAUUCCUCAUUGAAAUUCAGAUAGCUACAGUAUUUAUUUUUUUUAAUUAAUAAAUAACUUAUUUUUAUUGCUAUUUAUUUUCUAUUACAAUUGCAACAAUGAAAGUAUGACAGUUGAUAUGUUUUUUUUUUUUUUGAUGAAAUGCCCAGCAUAAUAUUGUGUCGUUUUGCAAAGACAAUUCACAAAAGCCAUCGAUAUAAUUAUUCUCAAAAGUUUAGAGUUAAAAGAAAACCAUUGGGACCAUUAGCUUUGUACAGUCAUGCACAUUGCUGUAAUCCCAAACUAGAACCAAACAUAGGAGCAUACUGCAUGUGGAUAGUGUUGAUAUCACAACCCACAUAAACGCGUCCUAUAAAAGCACUCACUCAAUGCAAGUGAAAACAUACCCAGUCAGCAGUGAAUUCAUCUUCACCUGCAAUGGAGGGGGGGGAAAGCUCUCUGAUUAACCAACGGUGAAUCAGACUGCCUUUUGGUGCGCUUUUAAAAAAUGGAGAGCCUAAAGGUAUGAGUUUAAAGGCCUCGGACAAAGGGACAAGCUAGUAUACCUGUUGGUGUGAUAUUAAUCCUGUUUAGGUCGAUAAAACAUAAUGCUAGCGGGCGAAUAACUGCUUUAGGAGCUCGUUCAAGGUCACUCGGGAACGGUGACAAGUUUUACGUAGCGCGCGACCUUCAUUUAUCU